ACGAUGUUUCAUGCUCAAGAAAGCAUCGUCUCUAAUAGUAUUCCCAAGACAUCCAACUUCCAUAGAUGCCAUCCCCCACGCCUCUGACCACUCUAAUUCCUGGAUACAGACAUUGCAACCCAUCGGAGAAAGCAAACUCGAAAUCAUCUGUGUAUCUUACCGCUGAGAGUGAGUCGGAUUAUAAAUCCUCUUGAAAAUCAGAUGAUUUCGAUGUUAUACUAAACUUCCUUGUGGCUGCUUACCUGGGUAAGAUUUGCCAUCCCCGAUAGCUUUUAAAAAGAAAGGGGAUUGGGAAUAGCACACAUCUUUCAACAGGGAGGCAGAGGCAGGCUCUCAACCUCCCUGAGUUCCAGGCCAACCAGGGGCACAUACUGAAACCCAGUCUACAGGAGGGAGAAAAAAGAAAGAGGAGGUGAACUUCAUUCUAAGAAGUCCUUGGUUGUCCAUGUGGAGUCCAUUAGAGUUUUAAGGAAUUAGUUUCCAAGAUAAUUUGGUUUUAAAAUUUUCUUUUAAUCAGUUGUAUACUACUAGAAAACAAAACAGAUGCUGUGGCUAGGAAAUGUUAAUUUUCAUUUAUAUGCUUCUUUUAGAACAUGAUGAUCAGUAAGAAUUUCAAACAUUAAGAGGAUUAUAUUGUUAUAAAAUUCUGUCCCAGGAAGUAGAAUGUAGAUAAAGGAGGAAAAGGGGUAGUAAUGUACAUUUUUAGAGAAGUGAGCUUUUUGGGGGAGGGGAGCAUGGAUAAUGGGGGGAUAUAAAAUGGUCACGGGUCUUAGAUUCCACUGGAUAUGGCUGUCUUGCUUGUGUGAGUGUUUACAACCCUGAAAGUUGUAUAUCUCCCACAGGUAAUCUACUGCAACUUGCCCAUCAGUAGGAAAUGCUAGGUUUCAGACCCCUGAGCAGCAUCCAGUGGGCCCAGGGCCUUUUCUCACAUACACCUCUCAGCAGUAAUUAAGACCUUGCAUGAGAAACAUACUUCCUCCUGAGAGUAUGUUACAGCUGAACACAGCUUAGCAUGCCGGGAACCGUAAGAAUCCUCCACCCCAGCUCCGUGCGCAAAAGGCAAACCAGAAAUCAGGUCCAAGGUUUCCAAAACCAUCUGCCGUUCAUAGAAUUCUGGAAAAUGGCCAACCUACCCCACUCCCUGGAAUCUGAAGCGUGCAACAAGAAUCUGACAUAUCUUCCACCCGGAAGUUUUGGGAAAGUUCUCCCCGCUCCCUACUCUCCAUUACAAAACCAGUUCUCAGACCUUACAUGGCCUUCACCUGCCACCCUCUGACACUAAGCUUACAGGUUACCAACUCUCAGACCAAUCAAAGUGUGCUUGCCCCGCUUUGAGGUCCAACUCAGCCUUUCGUUUUCCUCCUCUGACUUAGUUAUUAUAUAGCACAGGAGUGUGAAGACCGGGGCACCUGCAGAUGAGCACUGGGGUUCUCUGCUCCCGCCCAGCACUCCGCCCACUUCCCCCUCCCCCGGGGGUGGCCCUGCCCCUGCGUCUGAGAGGCUUAGCUGCUGGAGAACCGAUUCUUUUGGACACUACCAUACUCACUGCAUAAAGCCCGCUGAGCAGGAAGCUCUGACGUCUGGAACCAUGGAUAAAUUUGCCUUGAUUAAGAUCAUUGGGGAAGGCACUUUUGGGAAGGUGUACUUGGCUAAAGAUAAAUCAGAAAGCCGUCACUGUGUCAUAAAAGAGAUCAGUUUGACAAAGGAAAAAGAAGCUUCAAAGAAUGAAGUGAUCCUUCUGGCUAGGAUGAAACAUCCCAAUAUUGUAACUUUCUUCAGCUCAUUUCAAGAGAACAGCAGGCUGUUUAUUGUAAUGGAAUACUGUGACGGAGGGGAUCUCAUGCAAAGGAUCCAGAGGCAGCGGGGAGUGUUAUUCAGUGAAGACCAGAUCCUGUGCUGGUUUGUGCAGAUUUCUCUAGGACUGAAGCAUAUUCAUGACAGGAAGAUAUUACACAGGGACAUAAAAUCUCAGAAUAUUUUUCUUAGCAAAAAUGGAAUGGUUGCAAAGCUCGGAGACUUUGGAACAGCAAGAACACUGAAUAACUCCAUGGAACUUGCUCAAACAUGUGCUGGGACACCUUACUACCUGUCCCCCGAGAUCUGUCAGAACAGGCCAUACAACAAUAAAACGGACAUCUGGUCUCUUGGCUGUGUCUUAUAUGAGCUCUGCACACUCAGGCAUCCUUUUGAGAGCGACAACUUACCCCAUCUGGUUCUGAAGAUUUGUCAAGGACGUGUUGUUCCCAUAUCACCCCACUUCUCUCGUGACCUACAGUCCUUGAUCCCUCAGCUCUUUAGAGUGUCUCCUCAGGAUCGGCCAUCUAUUAAUUCCCUUUUGAAAAGGCCCUUUUUAGAAACUCUUAUUGCCCAAUACUUGUAUCCUGAGAUCCAUUCAAGAGGAAUUCACAUGGAGAACAUAUCCAUUGGCCUCAAAGCUUGUUGGAGAGGUAGUCCAUGGUCUGCUGCAUACCUUCAGAGGAAAUCUGAAGCUCAGCAAUAUAAGUUAAAAGUGGAAAGACAAUUGGGUCUUCGUCCAUCUUCUGUGGAGCUACAUCCAAACGAGAGAGAAAAGCUACAAAGCCAUCAGGAGGGGACUACAUUCCAGGAGCUUCGGCACAGGAAGAACAAAAUGAAGGACCAGGAAUAUUGGAAACAGCUAGAGGAAAUCCGCCAACAGUACCACAAUGACAUGAAGGAAAUUAAAAGGAAAAUGGAGAGAGAGCUGAAGGAGAAUGCGGACCUCAGUCAUAGAACCUAUUUGGUGAAGAGGAGUAACCUGCCUUCCUGCCCUGAUGCACCUGAGGAAGAAGUCUCCAAGCAGAGAGCAGUAAAGUUUGAGAUCAGCCUAGAUAAGUGUAUUUCAGAGGAAGACACCAUCCAGGAGAAGGAGGCAGUGUCUAAACUAAAUGAUACUUUAAGAUUUGAAGACAGCACAAAGUUUCAGGAGUAUAGAUAUGAGGAGGAGCAUGAAGAUCAAACAGACAGAGCCUUUGAAGAACUCUGUAGCCCAGAAGCAGAGGGUUUCUCUCAGGAUAUUAUCGCUGCAGAGAACAGGAGACAUUGGGAUGCCAGAGCACCUCAGACCCUGCUGCAAAUAAUGGCAACAGCAGACGUCACCUCCACGUGCCCCACCUUGCCGGAUGAUGGCCAAGUGAUUGUAAUGGAAGGUAGUCCAGAAAGUCAGAAGCAGUGGUGGUUGGAUGUGCCAGGGACCCCGCGUGCGUUGGCAGCAGAAGGUGCCUGCAGUGGCUCAUUGUCUGCCAGUAAAGGAGAAACUGUAGCCCAUGAAACUGUCUGCAAAGCAACCGCAUAUUAGGACACAAGGCAUGUCUCCACAAAUUUGCAAAAGAAAUUCAAAUAACACUCUUCAUGUUAUCUGACCACAGAGGGAUAGAGGCUGGACAUCAACAGCAAUAGAAAUGACAGAAAGUUACACAAACUCAAGGAAGUAAAACGGCAUACCACUGAGCAGAAGGAAACGGGGCCGCUGGAGGAAUCAGAAGGAAGUUUAACAAGUCCUAGGACUGAAUGAAGAUAGAAACACGACACACCCAAACCUGUGGGACACAGCGGGAGCAGUCAUAACAGCACAGGUUAUAGCACCGCGUGCCUCCAGAAGAUACUGCGAAGACUGACUGCAUCUGAGGGUCUCGGAAGACUAAGCACAAACAGCACUGAAAGAAGAGCAGACAAGCGAAAAUAACAGGGCGGAAACUGGCGGGACAGAAGGAACAGCAAUGAAGCAUACGAAACUCAAUUUGAAGAGGAGUGGGGUGCUUUGAAAAGCCAACUCACUAGUACCGUUCACCUCUAAAACCUCGUGAGCUGGGGCUCCACAGUCCGCGCUGCUCUCUGCACGAUUGUCUUCCAAGUGCCCACGCCAAGGACUCAUUAAGCCCCACUUGCAACAUUCAACCACUCUCCUAGUCAAAAGUUCUAAAGUUUUCCAAAUUCCUCCAAGAAAUGGCACGGGAGGACCUGUCACUGCAGUAGUCCACUCCUGGAUACCGAACUAGUGUCUUAGCUACUUUCCUAUUGCUAUUCUUGGGCAGUUUUAUAAUGGAAAAGAGCAAGCAAAGCAAAAAGAAAUACAAAAUGUACAGUUGGAAGCAGAACACCAGGAAAUAUAAUGUUGGAGCCAUGGCUUGUGCCAAAAAAGAGGCCAGGUUCCAAGUGGAAUAAAGGGAAUGGUGUUCUCAGGCUGGGACCCU